AUGUCGGUUUACUUAGGUCCCUACAGCUCUUGGGCCUUGACUACAGUUUCUUUUCUUACUAUUGUUGGGCUUUAUAUGCUCUUCACAGGCUCAGGUGAACAAUUCAAUGUCGGUAAAUUACUUCAAGAAACUUCUCCUUAUGCUUGGGCCAUGACCGGUAUGGGUCUCUGUAUUGGUCUUUCUGUCACUGGUGCAGCUUGGGGUAUCUUUGUUACAGGUUCAGCGCUUUUGGGUGGUGCAGUCAAGACACCUCGUAUUCAAUCUCGAAACUUGAUUUCCAUUAUUUUCUGUGAAGUUGUCGCCAUUUAUGGUGUCAUUAUGGCUAUUGUUUAUUCUGCUAAAUUAAGUGAUGUACCUCCCGAGAGAUUAUACUCUACUUCCAACUUUUUCACUGGUCAUGCUAUCUUUUGGGGUGGUUUAACUGUUGGUGUCUGUAACCUGCUAUGUGGUCUUUCUGUAGGCGUAACAGGAUCAAGCGCCGCCUUAGCUGAUGCACAGAACCCAGAACUGUUUGUCAAGGUCUUGGUCGUCGAAAUCUUUGGCUCCGUUCUUGGUCUCUUUGGACUUAUCGUUGGCCUAUUGACCGUAAGUUUAAUAUAUUCAAUGGUAAAUUAA